AUGGGUCUGCUGCUGAACGGCUUGACGCUAAAGGUUUUUCAGCGUGGUGCUCGUUCAUCACGCUGCGUCACUGUCUACCUGAAGAACCUGGCGGCCGCCGACUUCCUGCUGACUCUUUGCCUUCCCUUCCGCAUCGCCAAGCACGCCGGCGCUUUCCGCCUGCACCUUUGGGUCUACUGCAGUUUCGGGGCACCGGCCUUCUACCUCAACAUGUACGCUAGCAUCCUGUUCAUGGGAUACAUCGCCGCCAACAGGUACCUGAAGAUCGUCCAUCCCUUAGGAACGCACUCGCUACAGUCGGUGCGGGCGGCUCACGUCGUCUCAACAAUUUCGUGGCUGGUCCUUUUAACCCUGGCGGGAACUUACGUGGUCCUGUCACUGGUCUCUGGCCAGGCUCUGACCCGGCCGUCGAGCUGUGAGGAACAACUAAGUGGGCAGUUAAAGGUCUUUUACAAGGCAGCUCACGUUUUCUCGGCCGCCAUCUUCUUACUGGUCCUGGCGGCGCUGCUCUUCUUCUAUGGCAGCACCUCCCGCAGGCUGGCGGCGGUGCAGCGUCGCCGGCCCUCCUCGUCCGGAUCGCGCCGGCUGGCUCGGUCGCGGCGCAACAUGCUGGUCCUGUCCGCCAUCUUCUGCGUGUGUUUCGUGCCCUACCACCUGGUGCGUCUGCCAUACGCCGUGUCGGAGCACGCCGACGGCUCGGCCUUUUUCUACCUGAAGGAGGCCGCCGUCGCCCUGUCCGUUCUCAACGUCUGCCUGGACCCGCUCAUCUACUUCACGUUCUGCAAAGCGUUUCGGCAGCAGCCGGGGCGAGGCGGCGCCAUCGCGUCGGCGAAGCUCGCCAUCGCCAACCCGGAGACCAGCGACGGGCAAAUGUUGAAGAAGACGUCUGGUUACCCUUCCACUACUGACUUCACUUGA